CGUGAUUGCAAACUGCUGAGUUAUAGACAGGUUAACAACCUGAGCCUUUGUAAGAGCUAACUUUUUCUGUUUGUGAUCCGUCUGUGGAGGUGAAGCUACAAAAUGCCCAUCGGCAAGCUUAGAGACAACAGCUGGAUCAGAAAACCAGAUGAUGAGGAUGAAGACGUUGACCGAGACCCAAACUAUGGCACAUCUAUUCUAAACCCAACCGACGAGGUUACUACGAGCAAGACAUCAUAUGUGCAAUCUGUCAGCAAGAUCUUCGGCGGAAGUCAGGAUGAGCCAAAAAGCAGUACCACAACCACCACGGUCACAAAGGACGGGAAAACCACUGAGACCACCAUCACCACCUCCCAGAGUGUUAGAUCCCCUGUGAUUAAAUCUCCCACCAAGACGUUCACUGAGCGGGUCCAGUCUUCAAGCAGAGAGUCACAAUACACAAACUUCACACCUUCCAGAACAACCAAAGUGACUGAGACGACUGUUACCAGCAAUAAAGACGCGGAGAAUCAACUUUACGACACACUCAUCCCCUCGUCUGUCAAAGAUGAUUACUCACCUGUAGACAGCAAAACAACUGUGUCCAAGACUGAAACUGUGAUAGUGAAAAGCAGCCCAGAUACUGAUGUGGAGGACAAACUUUUCAAGACACUCAUCCCUUCAUCUGCCAAGGAUGAUUACUCUUCACUGGACAGAACUAUCUCCAGUACUGAAACUGUAACAGUGAGAAGCAGCACCAAUGGAAGUGAGACUAAAACCACAACAAGGACUUCUUCCAUGGCUGAGGAUGACCUGUACGACACCCUGCUGCCUAAAGGCAUUACAUCUGCAUCUAGUCUUCCGUCUCUUCUCAGCAGCAGCAGCAGCAGCAGCAUCACAAAGAGGGAGAUCAUCACCUUGGAGAGCAGCAGAGGAGGAGACAGCCCAACUCUGUCAUCACCGUCCAUCACUCGCAGGACAGCCAGCUACGGCUCGCUCAUUGACGAUCUUCCCUCCAGCCGCACCACCUCCUACACCUUUAGCACAAUACCCAGCGACGACUACACCAGCGACCGUAGAAGCUACUCUUACACCAGACCAGACUCCACUUAUGAGUAUAGCAGUAUCACCAGUCCCUCCAUCACCAGUUACAGCUCAAAAAGCUACAGGAGCAGCAGCAGGUCAGAUGACGUGACUGAUUCAGUCUACUCAUCCUCCGCAAAGAGUGUGUAUGCACCUGCUGAGAGGACGGUGCUCGAGAAAGAUCUGUGCAGCUACUGCCAUAAGCCCUUCACAGGUGAUGCCAAGAUGGUCCUGGAUGACAUGAAGAUCAACUGCCACGCGACCUGCUUUAAAUGUCAGGUGUGUCACAGCACUCUGGGUAAUAUGAAAGCUGGAGACAGCCUGUGGAUCUACAAACAGGCGGUCCACUGCGAGAACUGCUUUGAGGGCAUCAGAGAGAGAUGGCGACGCUGAGUUUCUCCAGAGCCUUCACUGAAGACGACAAGUGAUUCAAAAUCAAAUGGAUUGUGGUUUUUGAUAAGUUUUAGGUGACAUGGGUUCUCCUUUACUUGUGUUUUUAUGAGCUAACAUUCUGGGUGUUUUGACAAACAUUGCAUUAUAACUGUUUUCUCUGCACACACUGUUGCAGUUAGCUGUAAUGGUUUUGUUGACAUCAUGCUUUGCUCUCUGUAUCCACCUCUUUUCAUAUAACUAAGUUAGCACAUCUGAUAUUCUCUUAAGUUUGCAGCCUUUUAGGGGGAUUCUUGUGUGUAACGUGAAAUGGAGAUAUUAAUAUAAAAACAACAAUUACGACUUAGGGCCGGGGGCUUUUUCUGUGUGCAAUAAAGGCAAUCAACAUAUCUUAAACACCAAA